CACGGUCACACUGCAUCGCAAAUCGAUUUAUUUUGUAAAAAAAAAAAAUAAAACCGCAUAGAUCCGCAGAGUUUUUGCAAACAAGCGUGUGCAGCUCGUUCGCCUUGUAGCCCAGUGCCUCAGAACGGAGACCCACGUCGCCGUCUUGAUAAGUCCGCAUCCAAUAUAUAACCGAUAAUCACGAUAUUCUGGGUAUUAUUCAAAAUCAAGUAGAAGAGACAACAGCAACGGGACAACAACAACGCAAGCUCGCCACGUCAGUGGGAGUGAGCGAGAGCGCAAGAGCCAAGCGAACGGGAGCGAGCGAGAGGGACAACAAAAACGAGGAAAAAUGUUUAGUAACUUUAAGGAGCGUUUUAUAUCGGCCAUAGCGCCCGACUUACCGCCUCUGCCGGGCAGCGGUGAGCGGAACAGUGGCGGUCACCAUCACAACCAACAUCACCACCACAGCUCGCCGCACCAGCGUCUCCGGUUCGGCGGCUCCGGCGGACAACCGAUGCCGGAUAAGUUCCCCUACGCGCGGCCCCCUUUUCUGCAACUUCUCACGCCGGAUGAACUGCGCGCCUCCGCGGACCACAAUGUGCGACCCAUCAUCGUGCCGCGGGACAUCAACCUGCUGCCCUGGGGCACCGGUUACGCCGAGUGCGUCAAUUCCGGAAAGUCUGAAUGGAACGAGGACCAGGGCGCCUUCUGCCGGCAAGUGCUUUCGGAUCCGGAGCACAAGCACCCGGACCUUCCCUAUACAUACUUCGGCAUCUUCGACGGACACGCCGGAUAUGGAGCCGCACUGGCCGCCUCGCAUCAGUUCCAUCACAUCCUGCACGAGAAGCUGGUUGACUGCCUGGAGCUGCUCCUGCCACGGGAUGCGGAGGCCAACAGUGGCGUCGGCGGUGGCGGGGAUGGAACCAAACUGAAUCCCACAUUCCCGCACCCCAUUUACUUUCAGCGUCGGGUGAGCAAGGACGAGCUGAUCGUGGGGGCGCUGGAGAGUGCCUUCUUCAACAUGGACUCACUGAUAGCGCAGGACAGUGAUCGUUACCGCGAUGCCGGUGGCUGCACCGCCUGCGUUUCAUUGUUCAUCGAUGGCAAGAUGUAUGUGGCGAAUGCCGGCGAUUCCAGAGCCGUGCUCUGUCAGCGGCGUGCCACGCGUGCCGAGAAGCCACACGCGAAUGCUACGGACUCUGGCAUUGAGCCGGAUCCCCUGGAAGCUAGCUGCUACCCAGUGCCGUUCUCAGCGGAUCACACGCCCGAAACGGAGCGCGAACGACUGCUAAAUGUGGCCCGGUUGAAGCCACAUCUCAUGGGCCAGCACUAUGUGGCCAUGGAGUACGCGAAGCGGCCGCACAUCAAGGACAUGGGCCAACGCAUCCUCUGCCGGCAGGGCACAAUGCGCGGCUGGACGUACAAGACGCUGACCAGAGAGGAUCUCCGCAUGCCGGUGGUCAAUGGCGAGGGCAAGCGAAGUCGCCUGCUGGGCACACUGGGCGUAACGCGUGGCUUCGGCGAUCACGAGCUGUUGGCCAUCAAUACGGGCAUACAGAUCAAGCCCUUUCUCACGCCCCAUCCGGAUGUGAGGCAGAGGGACCUCACACAGGUGGUGUGCAUUCCGGACGAGGACAAUCGAGACGGUGACUACGGUGUGCUGGUCAUGGCCACCGACGGCCUGUGGGAUGUGUCCGAGAAUGAGGCUGUUGCACGCACCGUCUUCCAGACGCUCUCCAAAUAUCCAACGGAGAAGCAUCGCUAUACGAUGGUCGCCCAGGAGCUGGUGGCCCGUGCCCGUGGCAAAAUCAACGAUUCCGGGCAUUGGCGACUAGCCGACAGCAAGGCGGCCGCCACGGUCGAUGACAUAUCGGUGAUUGUGAUCCCGGUUAGCCAGUAUUACAAGGAGCAUGUGGAAUGGACGCAGAACUACAAGCGGGAUCUCGAGCAUCGUCGUCGCCAGGCGCAGGCCAAUAUGGCCCAGGAGGCGGUCAACGUGCUCAAUGGCGUGAUUGCCGAGGAGGCGCACGUCGUCGAGGAGGAGGAGGAGGGCGAGGUGGUCGUCCACGAGGCCCGGACCGCGCAGAAGCAACCGGCGAAGCAGCAGCAUUCAGAGGAGGCAGUCGAUCAAACCCUGGUGGUGGAGCUGACCCCCGCGCUGAAGCAGAUGCAGCUAAAGGACGCGGAUGCAGCAGCGGCAGAUUCCGGCAAGGAAGAGGAUAAUGGUAAGGAGCAGGAAAAGGAGGCGACGACAACGCGACAGCAGACGCCACAGCAGCAACAAAAGGGCCGCAAGGGCAAGGGAAAGCACUAGGACAAGGACAAGGGUCCUGCCACACAGGCCGCUUUAUGGGGCUUAUUUAGCGACACAGCAAUAUUCAAACGGAUGCAGAUGCGACAGUUAAAAAACACAUCUAUAUUUUUUUACACUCCACACACAAGAACAAAUUCAAAACAUUCAAAGUUAAUUACAUAAUUUGCUUAUGUACAAAAAAACAAAAAACAAAACAAAAAAGAAAACAGAACCGCAAGUCAACUUAAUUGCAUUGUACAAUAAUUUACUUUAACUAAGUGUAUUUAUUUUGAUCCAAAUUUAUGAAGGGAUGAACAAAGCCUGAGAAUAACGGCAAGAUUUUCAAUUAUCACAAAUCAAAACCUUAUGAUUCCAAUUAAAAACAUACACGAAACAAAAAAAAAAGCUAAACACAGAAUUAAAAAGUAUUUUAAGCAGUGAAACGAUAAAAUAAAAUAAAACAACA